AUGGCCUCGCGCGCUCGCGCCCAUUUAGUCGCGUCCACGCCCUCGGCGGUGAGGCUGGUCGCGAACCCGCAAUCAGGCAAGCCCGCCUCAGACAGCUGGGCGCACACGGCCAGGAAUGUCAAGGAGGAGGCCGGUGCUGUCAGGUCGUCGCUCGAGAAUGCCGUCGCGGGCAUCGAUGGAUCAGGCGGCAGCGAGAAAAAAGGCGAUGCAGGCACCAACGAGAUUCUCAACGAUGCUAAAUCCGUCACUGCCGAGUUGGCCCGAAAGAUGCCUAGGCCAGCGCUUCUCUGGGGUGCCGCAGGUAUCAUUCCCUACGUCAGCACAGCUGGUGCCAGUAUCUAUCUCGCUCGCCAGACACAACUCGUUGCAGAUGGUCUCGACUCGCACAUCGACUUUGAGACGGCUUCUGCUCUGUUGUUGCAUGCGCAGAAUGUGCAGAUCCAGUUUGGUGCCGUGCUCCUCUCCUUCCUCGGAGCCAUCCACUGGGGCUUCGAGUUCAGCAAGUACGGCGGCGAGCUCGGCAACCGCCGCUACGUCCUGGGCCUCAUUCCCGUCAUGUGCGCUUGGCCCACGCUCAUGCUGACGCCCCAGCUGGCGCUCAUCAGCCAGUGGGGCGCCUACGUCCUCACCUGGUUCGUCGACCUCAAGGCCACGACGGCCGGCUGGGCCCCCAAGUGGUACUCCAGCUACCGCUUCGGGCUCACGGCCGCCGUCGGCCUCUCCAUCAUUGCCACGCUAGCCGGCACUGAAUACUACGAUGCUGACAAGUCGCGCUCGACGCAGUACGGCGCGGGACGCAAGCUUGCGGAGCAGAACAAGGAAGAUGCGCCAAGGAGGAUGGAGCUGAUGCGCGCAUCUGCCAAGGGAAACAAGGCCACCUUCAAGACUCAGGGCGAGGUCGGUGGCGACGUGGAGGCUGAAGAAGCCGGCGAGGAUGCCGAUUCGUUUGUCAAGAUCCGGAACCCUGUCAAGGAGGAGGAGGAGCGCAAGGAAAAAGAGGGGGAAGAGCGAAAGAAGAAGGAAGAGGAGGCCAAGAAGAAGAAGGACGGUGGCGGUGAUGAAGGCGACGACAAGAAGAAGGACGAGUAGAAAGGGGGGAGACACAGACACACACGAAUGUAUUCUGGAUUCUGGUCAUGGCAAUCGGAGACUCUUUUUUCUU